CGGGGCUGCGCGGGCAUGGCGGACGGACACGGACACGGACACGGACACGGCGCCGGGCGCUGCGGCUGCUGCGGAGCGAACGGCGGGGAGCGGGGCGAGGCCUGGGGGCUGCACCUGAAGAUCGACCGCGGGCGGCUGCAGUGCCUCAACGAGCGGCGGGAGGGCAGCGGGGCGCGAGUCUUCCGGGCAUGGGAGGAGCGCGGCGACCGCGAGCAGUUCGUGGAGAGCGACGAGGACGCGGAGCUGCUCUUCAACGUCCCGUUCACGGGCAGCGUGAAGCUCAAGGCCGUCAUCGUGAUGGGGGAGGACGACGGCUCGCACCCCUCCGAGCUGCGGCUGUUCAAGAACAUUCCCCAGAUGUCCUUUGACGAUGCUGCCCGGGAGCCGGAGCAGACGUUCAACCUCAACCCCGACCCCGUGGGCGAGCUGGAGUACCCCACUAAAAUCGCUCGUUUCUCCAACGUCCACGACCUGUCCAUGUACUUCCCAAAGAACUUUGGAGCCGAGACAACGAAGAUAUUUUACAUCGGUCUGAAAGGAGAAUGGACGGAGGGGCACCGGCACCAGGUCACCAUCUGCAACUACGAGGCGCUGCCCAACCCCGGCGACCACCAGCUGCAGCCGGUCACCCCGCACAGCCGCUGCGUGUCGUGACCGAUGGAGGCCGGGACGGACACGGUGCCGAACGUCCGGGAGCCGGAACCGCGUCCCGGUGCGCGGGACAAAGCGGCAGCGCUGAACGGGCCGGGCCGCUCCACUGCCGAGCUGAGCCCUUCUCGUUGCCAAUAAAGAUUCCGAGUUCACAGCA